AUGGAUUCUCAACAACAAGACCCCAACAGGCUCAAACUUGAAGUAUCAGAGCAACACCAUCGCAAUGACGAUGGGCAGCAAUCUACAACACUAAUCACAGAUACACAUGGGGAUGUCGCCUACCCUGCUCCUAUCCCACCCCCAGUACAGUCCCCCGAAAGCCCCAAGUCGCCGCGAAGCCCACAGGACAACAUCGACCCUGGCGACGGUGUUCAACAAACACAAGUCAAAUCGGAGCCUGCACAUCUGCCAUCCGCAAACGAUUCAGUCUCACCUAAGAAGUCACCAGCCCAAAAGAGUCGACCAAGACCGACCAAGUCCUGGCAGACUGAGCAACCACGGCGGGAUCAUCACCACCGUUCCUACUUUCGUCCCGGCCCAGCCAGAGCUGGCACAUCAUAUUUGAACAAGGCGAUCUGGGAAGCACCAGAGGACCCGAGGCUCAGCUCAAGUGAUAGUUCGGUAGCAUCAGCUGGCGAGGAUGAACUCCAAACCAGCCAGCAGGAAUCCCAUUAUAGUGAGCACAAGAAGAAAGCAGGCGAAAAAGCAGGCGGGAAGGCGAGCCAUGAUGACGAUAAAUACGGCCAUUUCAACAUUGGUAAUCAGAACUACCAAACAUCCGGCAAGGUCAAAAAGGAUGGUCGCUUGCGCAUCACGGUCAACGAGACUGCAGGCACUGGAUACUUAACUAAGGCUUUGGGUGCAGCUGUCAACAAGGUCGCUCCCGCAAAGGCCGAACAGGCGGACAAGGUGUCAACUCUCAAAAUUCCCGAAAGCCCACGCCGGUCAUCUUCUUCGACAGCUGUUGCGGAUCCCAGACCUCAAGCACGCUUAAACAUUGUGAUCAUGGUCAUUGGCUCACGAGGAGAUGCCCAACCCUUCUUGAAGAUAGGCAAGGUUUUGAAAGAGGAUUAUGGGCACCGAGUACGCAUCGCUACACACCCAGCGUUUCGCGAAUUUGUCGAAAAAGAUUCUGGUCUUGAGUUCUUCUCUGUUGGGGGUGAUCCAUCAGAGCUCAUGGCUUUUAUGGUCAAGAAUCCAGAUCUGAUCCCAACACUUGAGACAGUCAAGGCUGGAGAUAUUGGGAGACGGCGAGCCGCAAUGGCCACCAUGUUUGAUGGUUUCUGGCGAGCAUGUAUCAAUGCCACAGACGACGAAUCGGACCGCCAGAACCUAAAGAUGAUGGGAGAAAAGGACCCCUUUGUCGCGGACGUCAUUAUUGCCAAUCCUCCAAGCUUUGCACAUAUUCACUGCGCCGAAGCACUUGGGAUUCCUGUUCAUUUAAUGUUCACCUUUCCUUACACACCUACACAAGCUUUCCCUCAUCCCUUGGCAAGCAUCAAGAAUUCCAAUGUGGACCCUGGAUAUACAAACUUCAUCUCUUAUCCCCUAGUCGAGAUGAUGGUAUGGCAAGGUCUGGGAGAUCUGGUCAACGAAUUUCGUGUCAAGACUUUAGCUCUAGAUCCUGUCUCGACCCUCUGGGCUCCAGGUGCAACAUAUCGCCUGCAUGUGCCAUUCACAUACUUGUGGUCACCGGGUCUUGUCCCGAAGCCACAAGACUGGGGAAGCGAGGUUGACGUGGCUGGCUUCGUAUUUCUUGACUUGGCUUCGACCUUUGAGCCACCGAAGGAACUGGAGGAAUUUCUAGCAGCUGGGGAGACUCCAAUCUAUAUUGGAUUUGGAUCGAUUGUUGUUGAUGAUGCAGACAAAUUCACACAAAUGAUCUUCAAAGCUGUCGAGCUGGCUGGAGUUCGUGCCCUGGUAUCUAAGGGCUGGGGUGGACUUGGUGGUGACGAUGUUCCAGAGAAUAUCUUCAUGCUCGACAACACCCCUCACGACUGGCUUUUCCCGAGAGUCAAAGCAUGCGUCAUUCACGGAGGCGCCGGAACAACAGCCAUUGCGCUCAAAUGUGGCAAGCCUACAAUGAUCGUUCCCUUCUUCGGCGACCAAAACUUUUGGGGUAAGAUGGUGAGCAACGCAAAUGUUGGACCGGAGCCAGUGCCAUACAAGCACCUGAAUGCCGAAAAGCUUGCUGAAGGCAUCGAAUUUUGUCUUACUGACAAGGCAAGGGAUGCUGCUGGAGCAAUCGCCAAACGAAUCGCAGAGGAGGGCGAUGGCGCUGUUAAUGCCGUCAAAGAGUUUCACAGGCAGCUGAACUUAAGAAGCCCGAGUCUCUUGCGAUGCUCCCUCCUCAAAGAUCACACAGCCGUUUGGGAGUUGAAAAACACCAAUAUUAAACUGGGUGCAUUGGCUGCCGACAUCUUAGUGGACAACGGCUUGUUGACCUGGAAGCGCCUGAGACUUCUCAGGCAUGUGGAAUGGAAUGACUUUGAAGGCCCCGGGGAACCUGUCACAGGAAUUGCCGGAUCCAUAGCUAGCACAGUCGGUGAAGCAUUUCACGGCGUUGCAAGCGUUCCUUAUCAUUGGGCAAAAAGAACAAGAACGAUCAGCAAGAAGAAGAAUCAGAGGAAUGCUAGGAAAUCUAAGAAGUCGGGCAACAACAUAACACGACACAAUCCGGCGGACUCUGAUGACCCAGUGGAUGCUGCCUCGUUGCACACUGAGACGACAGCUGGGGACACCGGAGGUCAGUACGUGGGCGACAUAGCGAGCGGUGUGGAAAGGACAGCUACUGCCAUCGCCAAAGCGCCCGUGGACCUCUCGAUGGCACUCGCACAAGGUUUUCACAAUGCCCCUCGACUCUAUGGCGACAAUACGGUACGACGUCCCAUUCGAGUGACAGGUUUCCAUUCUGGCCUCCGGGCGGCCCGGCAUGAGUUUGCGUAUGGAGUCUACGAUGGCUUCACAGGAGUAGUUCGCCUGCCGUUCCGUGGAGCAAAAGAAAAUGGACCGAUUGGAUUCGUCAAGGGCACAGGUAUGGGAUUGACAGGCUUGGUCCUCAAAAACCUCUCUGCUAUUGUUGGCCCGAUUGGAUACACUCUCAAAGGCGUUGUGAAGCAGGCUGAGCGGUCCAAGACGCCUCAGAAAUACAUCCGCCGGGCUCGCAUUGUCCAAGGGCAGAGGGAGUAUAAGGCGCUCCCAGAAGACCAGCGAAAGCAGUUAGAAAAGGAAGUUAUGGAGGGAUGGCAUAUAAUGGAUGAGUUGAGAGAGAAGAUCCAGGAUUUGGAGAAGCAACGAGGCAUAGCGGGACAGAUUGAUCGAGUUCUCCUUGACACGGAAGUCAUUUUCGAAGACGUGGACGUUGCCAAGAGAUCUCUGGAAGCGCUCAAACAGGGAAAGGCCCUAGAAGAUGUGGUAGACCCAGAUCGAGACCGAGGUCGUGAUGGAGGAAAAUCCGAGCGAAACCGAAGCAUGUCGAUCCGGAGAUCCUUUAAUUUGACAAAGAAGUCGAGGGAGGAAAAACGCCUCACAUCGCUGGCUGAUGCCGAGGAGAGCACAAAGACUGGCAGGGGAGAUGAAGGACCUGCUGAGAUGGAUAGACUGACCGUGCCAGCAAGGUAG